AUGAGUAGGCAUUUAUGGCCAUUGAGCCCACCUCAGACCUGCAAGAUCAAUGAUUCCAUCCAUGCAUUAGCAAAUAACGAGGUGAACAAUAAUGAUAUACUUCAAACGAUCUCGCUACCUCAGGCAAAUGUCCUGGUAAUGGUGACGCCGGGCAGGGUGCUAGCGUACAAUAUGAAACCCAUGGCACUAGUUGCAAGCCACGAGAGAACUCCCGAGUCCAUUGAAGAAUUUGGUUUGAACAGGUCCAUCACUCAGUCUGUAGCAUUGGAUAGACAUGUUGGGGGCCUGAAUAAUCAAACACAAUCCAACAGCUUAGCUUGGAAUCAGGGAAAAAUCGUCUUUUAUGUUGCUACAGAUAAGAGCUUCCUGCUAACAUAUCAAAUAUUGAAGAGCUCUGCUAACAUAACGACAUUCAAGGAUUAUGGGAUUCCAAUUAUCGAUUUCGGGAAACUUAGCGAAGAUCUGGAGCAAGAAUACGACGAUUCGGUAGACGAUGAUAUUCUAACAGUCUUUGAGAAAGGCAAGACUUCCAAAAUCAUUCAAAAUGGUUACGCUGUGACGAAGGAAAAGGGAUUUUUACAAUUCUUGUCGGUGAAUCAGGAAAACCUCGAUGAGCUGCCGGUUAGAAGACUCGAGUUGCGUCUGAAAGUUGUACUGAAAUUCGACUACAGGAUCAUUGAUAUAAUUAGUUUCAAACGACUGUCAGAGAAAGACGAAAAGGCUGAGGAGAGCUUACUUGUUCUGUUUCCCCAUGGAUUACAGUUGCUGAGUCUAGAAAACUUCAAGCUGAAAAACUCUUCACUUGUUCAAUUAACAAAUGGAAGCAGGAUAUGUAUAAUUCAGGACCAACUUCUCGUUGUAGCGCAACCUUCGGACCACAAAGCAGUUUUGAUUAACAACAUUAAGAUUAACGAGCAAAAAGUAGACGUGGCAGAAUUUCCUGUUGAAGCUAAACUAACAACAUGCUUCGAACUCAAAGGAAAGAUGGCGUUGGUUUGCGGAGGCACUUUAGUGUAUUACAACCCGCAGACCAAUGAACUUGACUACAAGUUCAAAGUUCCAUUUCCUGUCAAGAUUUGUGGAAAACUGAACGAUGAAACACUCAUCUUAAUAUCAAGAACCAAUGUGAUGCACUUCAUGACGCCGUUCGGUAACGCCUUGUUUUCCUCCGCUGGAGACAGUGAGUUCGAAGAGCCUUCCUCAAGUUUCGAAUACUCAGGAUUUGCGUACGUGGAUAAAUUGCUAGUAUCGGUUUCUAGCUCAGGUGAAUAUCAAAUGUGGGAUUUGUGGGAAGAGGCGAAACAGGGGUUUUCAGAUGCCCGCUCACCAGUUAGCUACGUCCUGCAGAACAACAAAAAUGAUAUUGCAAUCUACUCGCCAGCCAAAGGCUCUUCGGCCGCACAGGACUUGAUGCAAGUAAUAAAGUUGCCCACUAGGGCUAUCAACAACUGCGUUCCUCUUAUUAAAAUUAGUUCAAACAAUAAACUCAUGGCGGUCUAUGUCUCGAAUAAAAACAUUCUGCUAAUCCAAAAUCUAGAGACAAAUGUGUGGUAUACCUUCAAGGAGAUGACAGUUCUGGAUAUGCAUUGGUUGAGCAGUACAUACUUGCUAUGUGCUAUCAAAAGAGAUGAUUGGACGACUUCCGUUCAAUGCUUUAGGCUGAAUCUUCAAGGACUUGACAGUUCUGAUAUUGCCAAAUACAAAAUAUGGGAAUAUCAAUUACAGGCGCCGGUUGAACGGCUUAGACUACAAGUGAGCUUAUUCCAUAAGCACAAAUUGCUGAAGAUUAAAUCACGAGAAAAUUCUGAGCUGGAGAAAUAUGGGGAAAAAUUCUACAAGACAGCAGAAGUAAUAAUAACUACUAGUGAUAAGAUAGUAAUAUUUGCGAUCUUGUCAAUUCUUCAUCCUAGCGGUAUCCACAUUAUAAAAAAAUUUCAUGAACAUGCGAAGAUUACUAUCCCAUCUCCAAUUUUAACGGAAUCUAUCGAUUGGGCUGCCAGCUUCAAAGAUGGACUCAUUUACUGUUCUGAUAAUAGGAUCAUGAAAGCCAGCGAAAUCAGCGGAAGUGGCUGGACAACAACAGUGCUAUUAGAAGAGGUGGAGCGAAUAAUAGACAUUCUCUCCGAUGAAAUUUACGUAGUCAGCGGACACUGCAAACUGUUCUAUAAGAUUGAUGACUUAUGGGAAAAAAGACCGCCUCUAUUAUCGAUCCGCUUAGAAGAUGACUAUUAUCCUAUUUCGGUGUCCCCAGACGCAACCACGAUACAUGGGUUGAGUUGCGUCUUCCACAACGACUACUCCAAGCUGAUAAUCAAACAUAAGAUAUACCUUGAUCAAAUGAUCUCCGCGAAGAUAGCUCAAAAUGUCAGCUUGCAAGAUAUAUCAACCGAGUUCCGCCCGAUAAAACAUUAUAACUUUGCGCUGGAAAAGAUACUUUCGCUCAAGAUCCUCGCUAGCGAGCCCUUAGAUCAGAUUAUAGAACUGGUGAAACUAUGUGAUAGUCCCCAAAAUUGGGAAGCGAGCGGAUUUAACCCUCAUAGUGACAUGCUGGAGAUAAUCAGUAACUGUCUGCGGAAAAUUGAAGCGAAACACUGGAACCAACUCUUUUCUAAUUUGAAAAUGACACCUCGCGAACUUUUAGCCAGGUGCCUCGAGGGAAAUGAGGCUAAGAUCAUCGGUGUAUUAUUACUUGUCUUCCUCAAUUACGACGUCGAACUUGUGGAUGACCUGAGAAGCGACAAAGUAGAUGACGAUAGCGAUAGCACAGUGCCAUCAGAGGGCAAGGAUUCUGCUGUUGCGGAUCUUAUAAGGGAUCAAGAGAUGAUGCUGAAAGUGCUCAGGCUCCUCGUAACGAGCGCUGCGAAUGCGGAAGACAGUGCUACGGCUGCAGAAUCAUGGGACAUGUGUUUCCAAUUAAUAAGACUUCUGAAAGAGCUCGAUAAGCAGAACAAAACCCAACUGGUUCAACAAGCGCUGCAGAUGUUUCAAUAG